AUGGAUCAAGAUUUACAAAAAAUUAAACCUUAUAUAAAUAAUCUUAAACGUCAUCUUCAAACAUUACAACCAGAUUUGCAGCAUAUGGUAAAAGAGUCAUUAAAUGAUAAAUUAGUUAUUAUGACGAGUGAGUUAGAUAAGUUAGAUUUGGUUAACAAUUACUGUUAUAUUUUGAAUUCUUUGUUAUUUGCUUAUAUGAAGUUACUUGGUUGCAAACAUUUGGAUAAAACUAUUAUGAUUGAGUUAAAUAGAUGCAAAGAAUAUAUGCAAAAGGCUAAAAAUUUACAAAUAAAAAAAAUAAAAACUGAAAGUGAUAAUAUUAAUAAACAAACGAAAUUGAAGUCUUCAAUUGUAGCAUCGUUAAAACAAGAACCAGCCAUCAGCAAAAAACACUUUCAAAAUACUGCUACCACUGAAAAUAAUAACAAUGAUAGAGUAAAUAAACAUAUCAAAUUUGAAGAUAGCAAAUAUGAAAAAGAAUUAUUGAUAGAGAAAAUUAACUCUACUCAAAAGAAGAAAAAAGUUAUGGGUAAGAAUAGGAUAAGUAAAUGA